UCUUUUCCCGCCGGUUACCGCAGAGCCUUUCGGGAGCAGUAGUUUCCCCUCCGCCUUCUGUGGCAGCGGUUGCCGUUCCGCUGCGGGUGCGAACGACGACGUUGCCGCCGUUGUCGCAACCCGCCCGCCGCGUCGGCUUUCUACCUCACUUCCUCUUCCGGGCGCGCGGCCGAGGCGGCGGCGGGUCAGUCGGUCGAUCUAUCGGAGCCGGCCUCCUCCUCCUCCUCUACUACAGUACUACUGUGGGCAAAGGGAGGGGGGUCAAUACGGGGUUUUCUCUCCCCCGCCGAGGAGGAGCUGCCGCCGCCGGCGCUGCUACUACUAUCACCACCACAUUGCCCGCCGCGAUGGAGCCGGAGUCGGUGAUCGAGGACAAGACUAUCGAGCUGAUGACAAGUGUGAAAAGGAAACCCCAUUCGAAUCCCCAUUCAUUCUGGAUUGGUGGAUCUGAAGCACAGAAACAGAGUUUCAGUGUUCUGUGCCAAGGUCUUUGUGGCUAGGCUGCUCCAACCUGGUAGAGAGCAUGUGCGCACUGAGAUGCCUGCAGAGCAUGCCCAGUGUCAGAUGUCUCCAGAACACAUCAGUAAUGGAGGAUCAGAAUGAAGAUGAGUCUCCAAAGAAAAACACACUGUGGCAGAUAAGCAAUGGAACUUCAUCUGUGAUAGUUUCAAGGAAACGACCAUCUGAAGGAAACUACGAAAAGGAAAAAGACUUGUGUAUUAAAUAUUUUGACCAGUGGUCUGAAUCGGAUCAGGUUGAAUUUGUGGAACACCUUAUUUCACGAAUGUGUCACUAUCAGCAUGGACAUAUUAAUUCUUAUCUAAAACCCAUGUUGCAAAGAGAUUUCAUCACUGCUUUACCAGAACAAGGCUUAGACCACAUAGCAGAAAAUAUCCUCUCCUACCUUGAUGCCAGGUCGCUCUGUGCCGCAGAGUUGGUUUGUAAGGAAUGGCAACGAGUUAUUUCAGAAGGAAUGCUAUGGAAGAAGCUUAUUGAGAGAAUGGUACGAACUGAUCCGCUCUGGAAGGGGCUGUCAGAAAGAAGGGGCUGGGAUCAGUACCUGUUUAAAAACAGACCCACAGAUGGCCCUCCUAAUUCAUUUUACAGGUCAUUGUACCCAAAGAUAAUUCAAGAUAUAGAGACUAUAGAGUCUAACUGGCGAUGCGGAAGGCACAACUUGCAAAGAAUUCAGUGCCGUUCUGAAAACAGUAAAGGUGUUUACUGUUUACAGUAUGAUGAUGAGAAGAUUAUCAGUGGUUUAAGGGACAACUCCAUCAAGAUCUGGGAUAAAACAGGAUUGGAAUGCUUGAAAGUAUUAACAGGACAUACUGGCUCCGUUCUCUGUCUGCAGUAUGAUGAAAGAGUCAUUGUAACUGGAUCUUCUGACUCUACUGUGAGAGUUUGGGAUGUGAAUACAGGCGAAGUCCUAAACACAUUGAUUCAUCACAAUGAGGCAGUGCUUCACUUGCGUUUCAGUAAUGGCUUAAUGGUGACUUGUUCAAAGGACAGAUCUAUUGCUGUCUGGGAUAUGGCCUCACCAACUGACAUCACUCUGCGCCGUGUAUUAGUUGGCCAUCGGGCUGCUGUUAAUGUUGUUGACUUCGAUGAUAAGUAUAUUGUAUCCGCCUCAGGUGAUAGGACCAUUAAAGUUUGGAGCACAAGCACAUGUGAAUUUGUCCGCACUCUUAAUGGGCACAAGCGGGGCAUUGCCUGCCUCCAGUACAGGGAUCGACUUGUUGUGAGCGGAUCAUCGGACAAUACCAUUAGGCUUUGGGAUAUCGAAUGUGGGGCCUGUUUAAGAGUGCUGGAAGGACAUGAAGAACUGGUUAGAUGCAUCAGAUUUGAUAACAAGAGGAUUGUAAGCGGAGCCUAUGAUGGCAAAAUCAAAGUUUGGGAUUUGCAAGCUGCUCUUGACCCCCGUGCCCCAGCAAGUACACUAUGCUUACGUACACUAGUGGAACACUCAGGACGUGUGUUUAGACUCCAAUUUGAUGAAUUUCAGAUCAUUAGUAGUUCCCAUGAUGAUACCAUUUUGAUUUGGGAUUUUUUAAAUGUGCCCCCCAAUGCACAAAAUGAGACACGCUCUCCAUCCAGAACAUACACUUACAUCUCCAGAUAACAGUCUGCAAUUUACCGCUCUCCAAGGAUUCCACAGUCUUUGAACUACUGGACAUUCGGCUAUUCCACAUCUGAAGACAUCAGCCACCGCUAAAGUCAGAAGUGGUUCUAGAUGCUGUGUAGAUGCGAAGCAGCACAACUCUAUAUCUAAACUUACCUUUACCAGGCCUUCUUCACUCAGUGGUCUCCUCUGAGAAAUUAAGGAAUUCACUGAGUUGGGGUAGAAGAAAUUCAGUCUAUCCUUCAUUGCAAUGCAAGAUCCAAAGCUUCAUGAGUAAAUUGCCCAUAUACACUGAACUGAUGGCUUGUUUUUCCAGGAGUAAAUCAGAUGUCAAGGAAGGACUUGGCCUAAUUUAUAUUUGCUUUGCACUUUUAUCUGACUCUGAAGAAGAAAAACAUUCUCUGUGAAAUUGUGGGUGCCAAACAUAUACCCAGAAUGUACAGGGCUUUGCUUUCAAAGUCAUUCUCCUCCUGUAGACUUUGUUUCAUGACUGAUGCGGAUCCUCUUCUGUUGGCUAGGAGUAUCAAUUGGACUGGUAGAAAUAUUUCUGAAUGGAUCAGUAAUAUUUUGGAUGAUAGUUUACUUAUUUCUGCAACAGUAAUUUGCUUUAAUUUAAAUAUUGUAAAUUGGGCUAGAUUAUCUAAACUAGGUGUACAGCACUGUCUUUUCUUUUAAUUGUACCCUGUACUUCAGCCGUACUCCUUCGCCUCCUAAUGCUUGGUAUAGUUGGAUCCUUCGUGUGUGCUUGCCUCAUAAUUUCCAAAUGCCGUAACUGUAUAAGCAUGUAGAUAUAUUGUACAUAAACAUAACCUCCAAGUGCUGGGAGUCAGGGUCUCCUGAUACUGUAUACAGAUGCCCAAGGCAUACGUUUUUAAGCAUUGAGGCAUUCUUACGACUGGCACCAUAUGGGGUUGGGAUUGCUUAAGAAAUAUUUCUCUGUGAAAAGGAGGAUUUUGGUAUUCAUUAGGAUUUUUUUUAAAGAAAUUGGGGUGUAACAUCUUAAUGUUAAACGUCUAAAACUUCUUUUUUAUUAAAAGUUAAAAAUUGUUUUGUUUUUCCAUGCUGCAAUAUUUGCAAACCAUCUUAAGCCAUUGGCCAAAGUUGCAUACAUAGUAACAACUUUUACAAUCCAUUCAAAGAGUCCUUGAUUUACCAUGCUUAUGCGUUGAACUGAAGAUUGAAAUUGCUGUUCCACUGUGACCUUGUAGGGGAUGGUCAAGGUUCCUUACCAUUUAUUUUGAGAAAACUGGCAGUUCAUGGCAACACAUCAUUGGAAUGUCUUCUCUUUCAAAAGUAUGGCUGGUUGUGGCAGUUAGUCAUACAUUUCCCUAUACAAAAGCAAACUCCCUAGUCUCUGUCACCUUUUUAAGUUAUUGUUAGGCAGUAUUGUUUAGUGACUUCUUAUGCUAGUUUUGAACAUUAUUAACAAAUAAAAUAUAAUACUGGAUGGUCUAGGAACUGGGUAGUUCGCAUGGAUAUGGACUCUGUCAUUCCUUAGUCAUACGGUUUGUAUUUGUUUUUCUUUUGCAGCCACUCCUGAUUUAUCUCCCCCCCCCCUUUUUUUUUUGGUUGAGGGGUCAAGGAAUGCUGAUAACCGAUAUAAAUGACCAAUGAAUGAAUACUACUUAUUUUAGUGGAACACCUAUGGCUGGAUAUUUCACUUGCACACCUGCCAGCUUGUCAGUUCAAUGGAAAAUAAAAGCACACAUCAGAUGUGAAAAAGGUGCAACUUGAGCUACUUCUGGUAUUCCACUCUUUGCCUUCCUAGGUGUUACGAAUCGACUGCUUUUGAGUUCAUGAAUCCCCCUUCAGAGCACUACUUCAAAGACUUAUUACAUGGAUAUGAUCCAAUCUCACAUAAGAGGACACGUUCCCAUGUUCUCAGUUUUUAAUAUGGUCAACAGUUAUGGAACUACCAUCUGACAGCUACAAUAUGAAAGACCCUUCCCCACUCCUGAUGUCCUUUAAUAGUUGUAAUAUGAAAGACUUUCUAUUGCAGCCCUGAAGACAAAGGUAUUUAUGGAAAACUAUCCUUUUUUAAUGCAUGUGUAAGAUGAAAUUCAUGUUUUUCCAUGGGAAAUAAUGGUAUUUGAAGAUGCAGCCUAAACUACUUUUGAUUGUGCUCGGUGUAACAUAGCUGUGGAGUUUGUGACUGGCACCCAAAGAACUUGGCUCUUGGGAUUAAUGAUAGUGAUCCUGGCUGUACUCUGGACUUUGUUUUGCUAAUCAUUACUGAGCAGCUAUAUGUUACUGCUAGAUUAAUGUUUCAAAGCACUGGGAUAGUCUUAUUCUAACUUGUAAUUAUGUUUGCCAGUUACCUGUUUGGAAAGUUUGUGUAUGAACAGCUUAUUGGACAACUGUUGAAUUGUACAGAUAUUGUUCACGAUAUAAGGCUUUGUACUGUGGAA